AUGGAAGUUGACAAUGCAACGCAACCUAAUGUUGACGGCGCCAAUGAUAAGAAUGUUGUAACUGCUCCUGUCGAAGCAAAAUUUGAUUCCAAGAAAAUCGAUUGUAAAAACGGUGAUAGGAACCUUCCCAAUGACCUGAGAUUAUCGACGAUGGUAUUACCAGAGCUGUUGAAUGCAUUUCUAUGCAAUGGUGGCGCUUCUGAGUCUGUCGUUGACGAAGCGUUGACGUUAAUGAGGCUCUCAACAACUGCCCUCGUAAGUGUUGAUGAAUCCUACGUUGUUGCUGCACUUCUGCGUGCCAUUGAAAAGGCAGACGAAAACGUUUCGUCAAAAUAUCUACUUUUGAUUUCAAGCCUUCUUUCAUACACCUUUUCACCAAGGAGUUUGCGUCUGAUUAUUGAGUAUCUUAUGCCAUUUGAUCAGACUUGGUGGUACAUGUUAGUCAUCGCCUUUGUCUACAACAGAUGGAGUAAAUGUGAGAUAAGGUGCUAUGUAGAUGGAAACAUUGUUUCCAACUCGGAAAUGGCAUGGCCGAUUGCCACCUCGGAUUCAUUCGAUAAGUGCGUUAUUGGAGGUUUGCCGGAUCAGCGAGAGGAAAACCUGUUUUUCGGUCGCAUCGCUUCGAUCAUGGGAUUCACUGAGGCUCUUUUGCCACAUCAAAUUGCCGCCCUGUAUGCUCUUGGCCCAAACUACAAGGGUCAGUUGCGGUUUGAAUCUGAGGUCAAGGGGCUUUUGUCUGACACUGAGCGCAAGGCCUUGUUUGAGAGUAGACUUGCCUCAUCCCUCAUGUUUGCUUACCAUCCAUCGGCUUGUGACCACAAUUUAUGCUUGGAUCAAUCUCCGAAACUCAACGCCACAGUUUUCGCACACUCUCCCCAUGGACUAAUGCAAGGAGAAAUACGACCAGUCCGAACAACUUCUCUGCAGUCGGCUCUGCACAGUCUCGGCGGGAUCCAGUUGCUGUAUCUCCUCUUUGACCAGUUAGAUUACACUCCCGAGGGCGCAACAGGCUGUGAACAGUCACACUGCACGGUGGAGCCCUUUCCGGUGGCGGAAAGCGCUUCGAAGAAGAACGCGACGACCAGUAGGCAAUUUGGGGCGAUAGGGUGCAAGGGGAGGAACAAGUUACUCGGAGAGAAAGAAGAGGAGCUGGCCUCCAAGCGCCUUUGUUUUCCUCCCCCUAGUGCCCUGCUUUUUAACCUUGUGUUUGAUCUGGUGCGCACCUCGGCCACACUCCGUCGGCAGUUUGCUCGAACGAACGGUCUCCUGGUUUUCGCGCAAGCCCUGUGGAAGUCCUCUCCAGUUCACCUCUGCGAGACCCUCCUCAAUGGAAUCCUUGAGGCCACUCGCUACCUAACACGCGAAAUCCUGGCCAUCUCGGCCACAACCUCGCACGCCGAUAAGGCCUCGCGACCGGCUCUCGCCACAUUAUCGACUUUGUUCAGGCAGAUCUUCGAUAAGCUUCUGUUCGCCCACAACCUCUGGUUGAGGGCUCCCAUCAAGGUCCAAGACCGCCUGUACAGCUUCCUGGCCGACGAAUUCCGAGUUGACCUGCUGGGACAGCCGGGCAAGACGAUCGUGGCCACCACGUUGCACGCCAUCAAAUACUGCUUCUGGAUUGUCAAACCCACGGAAACCGUCGUUAGCACCUCACCAAACUCUUCGCCAGCCGAAAGGCCUCCUGCGAAGUACCUGGCUCGAAUCCGCUCUAACCUGUUGUUCUUCAUAAAACCACUGAUCGUGCAACAGCACCAGCCCACCUCAACCUCCCUCGUGUCCACCGGUGAGGAGCUUGAUAGCCUUCUCAACUACCUUUCCACUGUCAAAGAGCCCGACAAUUUGCGCGAUGUCCUCUACUUUACGGUGGUCCUCAUGUCGCAGUACCCGGCCGUUAUGGUGCCCUGGUUUGACAAACACGACGGUAUUCAAUGCGUGUUUCAACUGCUCGCAUUGGAUGACGAGGAGUCCCGACUCUACGCCCUCAAACUGCUCGGCUACUUUUUGAAGUACAGCAAGGAAAAAAUGGGUAAAUCACUUGUACUCUCGCUGGCUCCAAACAGCGGCCACCAUGAGACCCAGGGAGCACUGACAUUUGGGUGGGUGGGUGUGUGCCAUGAAGGAGCGCUCGUGUCUUCACCGGGGUCUUCGAGUCUUGGCGAUCACGUGGGGGUGAGCGAUGUCGACAGGCCGACGUCGAGUCACGUGCGCAAGCAGGAGUCCAUUGGCCAAUACAGUGUCUUCAGUCUCCUCUGUGACCGGUUUGCUGUGGUGUCGCCAGCUUUCACAAUGAAGGCCUACAACGUCUUCUUCGAGCUCUUGACAGAGGAUGUCACGCUGCAGUUGACAAGCGAGAUGCUACCCAAACCCAGCCCAACUCACAGAAUUGAAAAUCCAGCCGACAAUCGCACCGGGCUUAACGUGGACCGUUGCUUUUUCAUUGUAAGCUCGUUGUGGCCCCUAGUUCAAGCGUGUGACGGGGGAAUUCGGAUGAUGCUGUUGGAUGUCGGCGCACGUCUGGCCUGUCGUUUGUUUCAGCGACCUCCCAGUUGUGAUCAGGUGGUUUUUUUUCUGGGGGUGCUUAAAGUGGGCGUGAAACAAGGGCGCGACGCACAACCGAGCGGAGAUCUGGAAGCGGCGAUUAUCGUCAGACCGCACACCUUACUCAAAACAAUCGCUCUGCUCAUCAUCCACUCUAAACGCACCUCGGAGUUGAUGAAUGUUCGCCAAAUCUUCCUGGAACAUCUUCUCUUCCUGUGUCUCAGCUCCGAUGCUAAUCGAAGGGCGAUUUUGCAGAUGUCAGUGUGGCAGGACUGGGUGAUUGGACUGGCUUCACUGUACCCGGUGAAUCGGCAAAACAGCUACGCUACGGCAACCGUGAUGGAGAUCCUGCGCUGCCUCCUCUACUACGCCCUGCGGUUCGAAUACGGCGGGUGGCGUGUCUGGAUCGACACGCUGGCGAUCCUUCACUCGCGAAUCGCCUUUGAGGAAUUCCGGCGGUCGAGUCACCAGGCCCGUUUGGCUAACAACCACAUGAGCGCACCGCCGAAGCCUACAAACGGUCGCGAAAAUCAAGGCGUUGUAGUUUCUUCAGACGCGGCUUCGUCAGAAGUUGGUGACUCAAUGGCAACAACUACCGUCGAUGGUGGUGAGGCGGCUAAUGGUACAUACGAGAACAUGACCCCAGUUGAAUCGGCUGUAAGGGAGCUGAUUGAAGACCUUCUGGACAAAUUGGUGCAUGAGAUCGAUAACUCUGAGCGGAGAAAUGAAAAUGUGGCCCCCGCGGCUGGAGACGGCAUGGAUGUCGACCAAUCGAAACACAACGUGGCAUCGCUAAACCCUCACAGACCGCGCCGAGUCGCACAGAAAACCGAGCGAGUGCCUGUGGCCUUCCGAACACCGCCCUUCGCUUGGUCGUACCUCCAUCAAAUCCUCCUCGACAGCGUCCUACGCUCAAUUGAGGAUGAAUUCCACAACGUCGCCACCUUGUACAAGCCUACGAAGGGGUCGGACGGGAACACGGCCGCGACGUCCAGACGCAGUCCGGAGACUGAGAGCCUGAACGACGACAGCGGGGAGUGUGACAUCAGCGCAGAAAACCUGCACCACUUCAUCAACGAGCUUGGCAAUCAGGUCUACGCCAUCAACCUGAUCCACCUCAUUUCCCAGCUCUCCGACAGCCUCAUUACUGCCUGCGGCGGCCUCCUGCCUCUUCUCGCUGCCGCCACGUCCCCUUCGAUGGAACUGGAAUUGCAGGAUUCAGCCAGUGGUUUGUCCUUGGAAGCAGCCUUUGGAUUUCUCCUGCGAGUGACUAACAUUGCGGAUGUUGUUGUCCUGUCGACUUCCGUGAAUCUCGGGAGCCUAGAGAAGGAGACUGGGAUGAAUUCUGGCGGCAUUAUUCGCCAGUUUCUUCGUUUAGCAUGUACGUGCGCCGUGCGAAAUUGUCUCGAGGCGCGCCUCUACGAUUUCCUGCCGCUUCCCGACGUCCAAGCACAACUUCGCGGUCAGUCACGUCGUCUCAGCUUCCUACCGGUCACCGCGGCUGUGGAUGCAGCCACUUCUUCAACUGCUGCCAGCAAGCCCCAGACAGACCCACUUUCAGUGUUCCACUUCUUCGGUCUGCUAAGGCAUAAAUUGGAGUUGAUUCAGCGACUCGCAAACCCUGUGACUCUGCCUUCCUCUGUGAGUCCACCCACCACAGAGGUCGCCGAGUUUCUGGAGCACCUGGAUCCUCUGGCGCCCUGUCUGCAGAAACUCGUGAUUGGUCUCCGUCCGUCCGUUUCUCAUUAUGCGUCAGGCUUCAUGGGUGGAAUAUUCGACAGAACAGUCGUCAAUCCGCUGCUGAAUUUCGUCUCCCUUCUGCAAAACGUCGAUAUUAAUAGGCUACACAACGUCAUUUACAAGGAUGAAGAGGACACGAGACAGGUGCACUUCAUUGUUUUGGCCGUGACGUACUUCCUCUCUGUUCUCAUGGUAUCCAAGUAUCGUGAUCUUCUCGAUCCCAGCAAUUUCUUGAAGUUGUGUCAUCGAAGGACUUCCUCUAAGGUCGUCAGUGGCAGUGACAGCGUCGACGGUUGCAGCAAUCAGCCGGCUUCUCCACCUUCAUCAAAGUAUUCUCAUGUCGCCUCACCUGCUACCGCUUCAAGAAAUGAUGCUCAAUCAGCUGAAGAUUCAAGGUCGCAAGAAGCAUCGCCUGAGGAGCCUGCCACAGAAAUCAAGUCAACUUCAAGUCAACCAGAAGACAUUCAUGAGGCUACAGAACCUAAUUCUUCAGCUUCAGUUAUCGAAGUGCCCGCUGCAAAUGAAUCAGCAGAGUUCGAGAAAGCAAAUCAAUCAGAAGACACUCGUGAGGCCACAGAGCCCAGGUCCUCAGCUUCAGUUAUCGAGGAGCCCACUGCAAGUGAAUCGGCAGAAGUCGAGGAUGUGCGUGAAGUUUCGGUGGAGGAGAAUGCUAAGUCCACUGAACAGGAGGGGCAGGCGAUUUCAUCUGUGCAUCAAGAUGCGCCAGAACCCAACCUCUCUGUCUCCCCACCAACAGAAGAACCCGCCGUCUGCAGUGUCGUCGGUGGUUCCAGUCUAAGGGCCUCAACGAAGGUGGAGGAAGAGGAGACCGCCGCCACCACCCCCGCAUUGGCUGGCAGUGAUUUGGAAGAGCCGCCCACCACAACGGACCUCCCCGAGGUGAUCCCCAAGGGCAGCACCAUUGAGCCCUACACGUCAGGCACCGAUCUCACCGAACACCUGGAGAUGGCCCUGGGCACGGUGACGCCGCUUCUUAAGGAAAUAUUCUUCGAUUUCGCCCCCUUCCUCUCAAAAACGCUGAUCGGCUCCCAUGGACAGGAGUUGCUCUCCGGUGGUCUCACGUCAUUGAGAACGUCUUCAAUGGCGGUGGAGCUCGUCAUGCUCCUGUGUUCUCAGGCAAGUCAGGCCUAUUCCACGGUCACAUGUUGCCUUCGUUUGCAGGAAUGGCAGAACUCCCUCCAGAAGCACGCAGGACUCGCGUUUAUUGAACUGGUGAACGAGUGUCGCCUUUUGGCCAAGGCUUCGCGGGACCACUUCAACAGCGUCGCCCACGAGGCCGACUUCAUACUGGGUCGUUUGCGCACCCUCGAUUUGAGUCGCCACGCCAACUUUAAGCACGCCUCCUCUCGCCGUCAGGUCCAACGCGUGCUCGAGUUCGACUCGCAUCAGGCGCGACGUCUGGAGGCGGCGCACAAUUGCGACGAUGUAUUCGCAGCUCACUGUUUGACGCUUGCCAACCACCUGGUGAAGUGUAUUCAGGAGGCUCCACCGCUACUUCGGCGGUGUGAGGAGAAGUCGGUGGCAGCUCUUCAAAACCACACAAGACUGUUCUUGGAACGAACCAAACGACCGUCCAAGCGUAUAUUCUACCGUCUCGACUCCUGGGAAGACGACAGCCGACGACGUCGUCGCCUAGUUAUCAAUCCCUUCGGUUCCACUCACCCUGAGGCUGUGCUGCAUUCGCCGCCACAAGCGUCGAACACGUCCCACUCCACGGAUGCCCUGCCGGCUCCCCUGUUGAUCGACUCGAAGGCCUUGAACCUGCACUCGCAGGAGGAUAAUGCGGAUGACGCUCGGCGCGUGAGUGAGGACUCCCUGCCACCCCUGACUCCCACUGCGACCAGCCCCUUCGCAAUCAACGAACCCGGGCUUGUCCCUGGGCUGGUUUCGUUGCAUCGUGACGUGUUCACCUUUGGGCAACUGGAAUUCGAUGCUAGCAAUCCAGUUGUCGUCACCACGCCGUGCCAACUCAUCGCCGCUGGCGUGGCUGUGCACGGAACCCUCUCCGUCACAGGCACCUACUUCUCCUUCAAGACGGACCCAACUCACGAGGAAAACAGGACUAUUGAUCCUGAGGUUCUCGCCUACACUGGAAACCUCUACUCGAAGUGGCCCUUCACGGACAUCCGCGCAGUAUUUACGCGACGCCACUUGCUGCAGAAUGUGGCCCUGGAGAUUUUCCUGACCAAUCGUUCGUCGGUGAUGUUUGCCUUGUCGGACCACACAACGGUGGCCAAGGUCGUCUACGCCCUGCCGCCUGUCGGCAUCGGCGUUCGCUACGGCGUACCCCAGUCACACCGGGUCUCCCUGUCGGUGGGUCGGCAGCACUUCACUCUCUCCCACAUCACCCAACGCUGGCAGCGCCGCGAGAUGUCCAACUUUGACUACCUGAUGUACCUCAACACCAUCGCCGGACGCAGUUUCAACGACCUCAACCAGUACCCCAUCUUCCCGUGGGUCCUCUCCAACUACACCUCGGACAAGUUGGACCUGAACGAACCGGCUAACUACCGAGACCUCUCGAAGCCCAUCGGGGCCCUCGACCCGACGCGGAAAGCCUUCUUCGACCAGCGCUACGCCGAGUGGGACGACGAGACCCAGCCCCCCUUUCAUUACGGCACGCACUACAGCACGGCGGCUUUCGUCCUCAAUUACUUGAUCCGCCUGGAGCCAUUCACUACGCUGUUUCUUAAUAUGCAGGGAGGCAAGUUCGACCACCCGAACCGGUUGUUCUACUCGAUAGAGGCCGCGUGGUCGGGUUGCAUGCGCAGCUCAACGAACGUCAAGGAGCUCAUCCCCGAGUUCUUCUACCUGCCGGAGAUGUUUGUGAACACCAACGACUACGACCUGGGCAGUCUGGAGGACAAGACCAAGCUCGGCGACGUCGUCCUCCCUCCCUGGGCCAGCAGUCCCGAGGAGUUCGUCAGAAUUCACCGUCAGGCUCUUGAGUCAGAUCUGGUAUCUUGUCAGCUGCACCACUGGAUCGAUCUGAUCUUCGGCUACAAGCAACGCGGCCCGGAGGCGGUAAAGGCCACCAAUGUGUUCCACCACUUGACCUACGAAGGCAGCAUCAACUGGGACCAGGUGACGGACCCGAUCUUGCGCAAGGCGAUCGAGAAUCAAAUUCAGAGUUUCGGCCAGACGCCGAGUCAGUUAUUGACGACGCCACACCCCCAACGGAGCUCCGCUCUGGGUUCCUGUCCCAGCCUCUUCAACCCCCUCACCCAGGAGGUCUGCUGUCGCCUGAAGCUGCCCUCCAAUUCGCCAAUCGUGGCUAUCUUCAGCAACACCCACCCCUGUGUUCCCUCACCGGCUGUGGUUGCUGUCUCCGCGAACCGCGUAUUCACUGUGAACAAAUGGAAUAGAUCUGCUGCUGAUAGACGCCACAUCCCCAUCUGUUCGGAUGUCACGCGUUGCUUUCGAGUUCGUCUCGUCUGCCUCGCUGGCAUGCGAUACGCUUUUUCGCUUACACAUUUGAAAUUGGCUCCGACCCCCGCGUCUCCAACCACCUCGGGCGCCGCUCGAAAGACUUCAUCGUCGUCGUCGUCGGUUGAGCCCCCGCAGUCGCUGUCUUUCUUUCCUGUUCCCGCACCCCUUCCCUCGAGUUCAACAGACAACCAGCCCGCCGCGCCCCUUGUCCUUGACACCACACCCCUGGUACCAAACCCAUCUGCAAAUCGACGCUACGUCGGUGAAAACAUUGACCCGUCCCUUUGUCUCACUUCGAAUAACUUUGUCGUGACCGCCGACAAUCGUGCUAUCGCCGCUUGCGGCUACUUUGAUUACUCCUUCCGAAUAUUCUCAGUGGAAUCAGGACGUUGUGUUCAGAGCGUGUACGGGCACCAGGACGUGGUCACUUGCCUGGGGAUUUCCGAGUCCAACUCCAGUCCUCACUGCUACAUCGCCAGUGGAGGAAGGGACGGCCUCGUUCUUCUGUGGAUCUUGAAUAGCAAAACUAUUUGCCUUUUCUCCGAAUACGGCAAGUCCUCAUCUCAGUACUGA